AUUCUAUGCUAUCGAUUGUCGAAUGUGACGUUGUGUCAUUGAGCUUGAUUGGGAACAACAAUAUUUUUGAAUUAAACUAUUUUAUAAUAAAAUAGGAGAAUUAAGUAAAGCUAAGAAAGAAUAUAUUAUUUCGCUUCAACAGAAUCAAUUUAUAUUAUUUUAAAAUAUAUUUUAAGCUUCGAAUAUGUCUGCAUUUAUUGAUUCAGAAGCUGAAGAAAGCAGUGAGGAGGAGGUAGAGUCCCCAGAUAAAAAACGUCCAAAAAAAAUGGAAGAUAGUUCUGAAGAAGAGGAAGAUGAUGAAGAUAAAAUAAGGGAAGAACUACGAGACCUUAUUGAUGAUGGUCCUGUUGAAGAAAGUGAUGGUGAAGAUUCAGAUGCUUCUCAUGGUACAAAAAGAAAAAAAUCAGAUGAUGAAGAAUUAGAUGAUCGACUUGAAGAUGAUGAUUUUGACCUCAUUGAAGAAAAUUUAGGUGUUAAAGUUGACCGAAGGAAAUUCAAACGUCUGAAAAGAAUUGAAGAUGAGGGUAGUGAAGAAGAGGAUAAAGAUGAAGGUCAAGAAAGGGAAGCAAUUGCCAUGGAUUUGUUCUCAGAUGAUGACGAUGAGAAAAGAUCUGAGCGAAGCCAGCGGCAAGUUCCUGAUACGGAACAAUAUGGAGACGAGGAAGAAGAAGGUGGAUAUUCUGAUGAUGAUGAUGAUGGUUUCAUAGUUGAUGAUGAUGGACGUCCUAUUGGUGACAAAAAGAAGAAGAAAAAACCAAUUUUCACUGAUGCUGCUCUACAAGAGGCUCAAGAAACUUUUGGUGUCGAUUUUGACUAUGAUGAAUUUUCCAAAUACGAUCAAGAGGAAUACGAUGAAGAUGAAGAGGACGAAGAAGAGGAAGACGAGUAUGAAGAAGAUGGGGAAAAGAGGAGAAAAACAAAAACUACCCGGAAGAAGACCACUAAAAAAUCUAUCUUUGAGGUUUAUGAACCCAGUGAACUCAAAAGAGGAUUUUUCACUGACAUGGAUAACCAGAUACGUAACACCGAUAUACCUGAGAGAAUGCAGUUACGUGAGGUCCCAAUUACAGCUGUUCCGGAAGAUUCUAAAGAACUCGACGAAGAAGCGGAAUGGAUAUACAAACAGGCAUUCUUAAAACCUACCAUCUCUAUCAUGGAUGCCAACUUAACGGCUGAAGCGAGAGAAAGACAAAAGAAAGGACCACAAACAAUAGCUAAAAUCAAGAAAGCUUUGGACUUCAUGAGAAACCAACAACUGGAGGUCCCUUUCAUUGCUUUCUAUCGUAAGGAGUAUGUGCAGCCUGAACUAAAUAUCAAUGACUUGUGGAAAGUUUACAAGUAUGAUGGUAAGUGGUGUCAACUGAAGAGCCGUAAAGAAAAUCUUACUCUUCUAUUCGAAAAAAUGCGUUCUUACCAACUGGACCUUAUAAUGAAAGAUCCUGAUGCACCCAUACCGGACAAUGUUAGAGUAAUGAAGGACUCCGAUUUUGAAAGACUGAAAAGUAUACAAACGCCUGAGGAACUCCAGGAUGUUUACAACCACUUCUCGUUGUACUACGCCAACGAUAUUCCGGUCAUGCAGGCUGCUUGGAGAGCUAAAGAGAGACAGAGGAAGAAGGAAGAGAAGAAACAGGCCAGGCUCAAGGCCAUCGCUGAAAGCGAAGAAGGCAGUGAACUACCGCCAGAAGUUGAAGACGAUGAGGAGGAUGAGCCUGAACCUGAAACUCUCAAAGCUGCCAACAGGAAUGGGUCUUAUACUCUAUGCUCAAAAGCCGGUUUAGAUGGAUUGGCAAAACGAUUUGGUUUGACGCCGGAACAUUUUGCUGAGAAUUUGCGAGAUAAUUAUCAGCGACACGAGGUAGAUCAAGAAGCCAUAGAACCCAGUGACUUAGCCGCAGAAUACAUCUGCCCCUCAUUUUCUACGGUGGAAGAAGUGCUACAAGCUGCUAAAUUCAUGGUGACUCGUCAACUAGGCAGAGAACCCUUAGUGAGAAAAUGUGUACGGGAAGUUUUCUUCGAAAGAGCCAAAAUAUGCGUACAACCGACGAAGAAAGGCCUCAAAAUGAUCGACGAAACCCACAAUUGCUACAGUAUGAAGUACGUGAAAGAUAAACCGGUAAGAGAUCUAACCGGCGAUCAGUUCUUGAAACUCUGUCUUGCCGAAGAAGAAAACCUCCUCACCAUAACGAUCAACGAAAAUUUCGAGGGUAACACCACCAAUUCCUUCAUAGACGAGGUCAAACAGCUGUACCUCAAGGAUGAAUUCAGUAAGAACGUCCAGGAUUGGAACGACUUGAGAUCCGAAUGCGUGGAGCACGCUUUGAAGAAAUGCGUUCUUCCCGAUCUCAGAAACGAACUGAAGAGAGCUUUAUUGGCCGAGGCGAAGGAAUUCGUUUUGAAGGCUUGCUGUAGGAAGUUGUACAAUUGGAUCAAGAUUGCUCCGUACACCGUCAGUUUCCCCGACGAGGACGAAGAUGAAUGGGAUACUUCCAGAGGUGUUAGGGUUAUGAGUGUUGCUUACGUUCCUGACUAUUCCCAAGCUGCUUUUGCCUGUAUCGCAGCCACUGACGGUGACAUAACAGAAUAUUUGAGACUGCCGCAUUUGACGAAGAGAAAGAACAGUUGGAGGGUCGAAGAGAAGUUGAUGAAAGAAAGCGACUUGACAGCGAUUAGAAACUUCAUAAUGACCAAGAAGCCACACGUCGUUUGUAUCGGUGGCGAAUCGAGGGAGGCGCUAAUGAUUGCAGAUGACAUCAAAGCGGUCAUUGCCGAUUUGGUGGAAAACGAACAGUUUCCCACCAUCAAGGUGGAGAUAAUCGACAAUCAACUGGCCAAAAUAUAUGCCAAUUCCAAUAAGGGCGUAAAUGAUUUCAGAGACUACCCCGAACUACUACGACAAGCGAUAUCUUUGGCAAGACAAAUGCAGGAUCCCCUAGUUGAGUAUUCCCAGUUGUGUAACGGAGAUGAAGAAAUUUUGAGUUUGAGGUUGCAUUCUCUACAAGAUCAGAUCGAUAAAGACGUUCUCUUGGAAGCCAUCAACCUGGAGUUCGUCAAUAGAACUAAUGAAGUGGGAGUUAACGUCAAUAUAGCGGUCCAAUAUGCCCAUAAGAGCAAUCUUCUUCAGUUCAUAUGCGGUCUUGGCGCUCGUAAAGGUGCUGCCCUCUUGAGAAUACUCAAACAGACCAACCAGCGUCUGGAAAAUAGGACUCAGCUUGUCACGGCAUGUCACAUGGGUCCUAAAGUUUUCAUCAAUUGCUCCGGUUUCAUAAAAAUCGAUACCAACAGCUUAGGGGACAGUACGGAGGCCUAUGUGGAAAUUUUGGAUGGAAGUCGAGUUCACCCUGAAACCUACGAGUGGGCGAGAAAGAUGGCUGUUGAUGCUUUGGAAUACGAUGACGACGAAGGAACCAACCCCGCAGGAGCUUUAGAAGAGAUCCUGGAAGCUCCCGAAAGACUGAAAGAUCUCGAUUUGGAUGCGUUCGCCGAAGAGUUGGAAAGACAGGGAUUCGGUAACAAGAGCAUCACCCUGUAUGAUAUCAGGGCCGAAUUGAACUGUAGAUAUAAAGACCUAAGAACACCGUUCAGAUCGGCGAAUGCCGAAGAACUUUUCGAUAUUCUAACCAAAGAAACCCCAGAGACUUUCUACAUCGGUAAAAUGGUCACGGCCAAAGUUAUUGGAAUAGCCAGAAGGAAGCCCAAAGGCGAACAGUUAGAUCAGGCGAAUCCUGUAAGAAAUGACGACACGGGCUUAUGGCAGUGUCCCUUCUGUCUGAAGAACGAUUUUCCCGAACUGUCCGACGUAUGGAACCAUUUCGACGCGGGUUCCUGUCCUGGUCAGGCCACGGGUAUCAAGCUUGCUUUGGAUAACGGAAUAUCCGGAUACAUUUAUAUCAAAAAUAUCAGUGAUAAACAGGUAGCUAACCCAGAAGACCGAGUGAAAAUUGGUCAGUUGAUACAUUGUAGAAUUAUGAAAAUCGAUGUCGAAAGGUAUAGUGUUGAUUGUACCUCAAAGUCUAGCGAUUUACUCGAUAAAAACCAUGAAUGGAGACCACCCAGAGACCCUUACUACGAUCAAGACAAGGAAAAUAGCGACUUGAAGGCCGAAACCGAGUCCAAAGCUAACAAACAGAGACAAACCUACAUCAAGAGAGUUAUAGUCCACCCGUCUUUCCACAACAUUUCCUUUAUGGAAGCUGAAAAAUGCAUGGCCAACAUGGAUCAAGGAGAGGUCAUCGUUCGUCCAUCCAGUAAAGGUGCCGAUCAUCUAACCAUUACUUGGAAAGUGACGGAUGGUAUUUACCAACACAUAGAUAUAAAGGAAGAAGGCAAAACCAACGCUUUCACCUUGGGAAAAACGCUUAUAAUCGGUGGUGAAGAGUUCGAAGACUUGGAUGAAAUAAUAGCGAGGCAUAUUACUCCAAUGGCCUCUUAUGCAAGAGAUCUGCUCUACUUCAAGUACUACAAAGACAUGAAUGGCGGUCAGAAAGAUAAAGCAGAGGAAUUCAUCAAGGAUGAGAGAAAGAAGAACCCCUCCAAAAUUCAUUACGUAAUAAGCGCUUCCAAGACCUGUCCUGGAAAAUUCCUGCUUUCCUACAUGCCCCGUAAUAAAUGCAGGCACGAAUUCAUCUCGGUCACCCCAGACGGUUUCAAGUUCAGACAGCAAAUGUUCGACAACAUACCUGCUUUGUUCAAGUGGUUCAAAGAGCAUUUCAGGGACCCGAUACCUGGAGGAGCCACUCCUGGCACUCCUAGAGGUUCAGCUCGCUCCUACAGUGCAGGCGGUGCUACGCCAAGCUUCAACAAUAUGAGUUCCGAAGCGAUACAGAGAGUAGCCCAAAACCUGCCAAGUCACAUGAUGCAAACUUUAUCAGCUGUUGCGAGUCAAACCCCACAUUAUCCUCAUACUCCUGGGGGAGCUUAUGGUGCCAAUUAUAUCAAUACGCCAUACACUCCAAGUGGUCAAACACCGUUCAUGACCCCAUAUGGCACGCCUCAUACUCAACAGACUCCACGCUACGGUCAGCAAACUCCCAGUCAACCUCAUAUGAACGGACCAUUCCUACAUCCAGGCUCUAUAACACCAGCCCAACGUACGCCACUGUACAGGGCUCCAGGGAGCCAACCCAUACCAUCACCAGUUAGUCCACAGGAAUCUCCUUCGAACCAUUCCACUAGGUCCUCAUCAAGCUACAAUCCUUACGCGAUGAACACACAUAGAAAUGAAGCUCAAGACUGGAAGAGUGCAGCAGCUGCAUGGGCUGCUAGAUCGGCGGGAAGGAAUGCAUCUUCAGGAACGCCAAGGUCAGAUAUAAGUCGUAGUACACCUAGAUCCGUGGGCAACACAAAAUCGCCAAGGUUUGAGGAUCUGAGAGAUAGGAGAAGCAUAGGAAAAAGUCCUAGGUCGGUCAGAUCUACUCCAAGGACAAACACUUCCCCGCAUUCCAUGUCUUUAGGUGACGCAACGCCUCUGUACGAUGAAAAUAUAUAGAAUUUUUUUUUUACAUACUUGUAGAUAGUGUUAAUGUUAAGUUAGUUUUUAUUUUAAAUCGAACUAAGUAGUCAAUCGAAGUUCCAACAAAAAAACACAAAAAGUAUAACAACAAAAAAAUUAUAUUUAUUUAUAAUUGACCUCAUGUGAUUUUUUUAAAUUUUGUCUGUCAAAUAAUUUGUCAGCCUUUCUUUUUUUUUAACGUUGUUGCCAAUCAACUCCUCUUCGACAUUUGUACAUAGAUUUAUAUAUAAUGAAAUUGUAGUAAGAUAAUUAUUAUCCUAAAUAAAAAAAAAUUAUUUCAUUUUUAUUGUUAUUGAUCAUUUUUGAAUGAUUAGUGGUAUAUUUUUUGAUUUUGGACUUGUAUUUUAAAAAAAAUGACUUUAUACAAGAGACUGUUCAAAUAAUAAGCUGAAUUAACAUUCAGCGGAAUAACUCGAUAUUUUACCUGAAUUUGAUGAACAGAAAAAAAUAAAACAUGAUAAUCA